GCCCUGUUUAUGCCUACUCUGUCCGUGAAACUCGGUUUGCUACUAUAUGCUACCGAAAGCUAAUCGGAAUUGGCUGGUUUUGUUGAGUGUUUCUCGACUCUGAAACGCAAUUGCCUAAGAUCGCUUUCCGAACCUUACCUCCUUUCCCGAGGACCACUUCGUUCACAAUGUGCACUCGUAUCUUGGAGCUUAUCUUUUUCUUUUAUUUUGCCUCACAUAUCCCAAUCACGCUGUUUAUUGAUCUCCAAGCAUUGCUACCGGAACAUGUUUAUCCGCAACCCCUGAAAGAUUUGUUGCACUGGUAUGCCGCUGAGUUCAAGGACCCGAUGGUGCUGGAGCCCCCGGUUUGGUUCAAGUCAUUCAUUUUAUGCGAGGCACUGGUGCAAAUGCCGUUCUUUCCUGUUGCGACAUACGCAUUCUAUAAAGGUGGCUGCAGGUGGAUCAGAACGCCCGCCAUCAUCUACUCCGCCCACGUCGCCACCACCCUAAUCCCCAUCCUUUCCUACGUCCUGUUCCACGAGUUCCCUGCUACCCCCCACCCGGGACCCCAGACCCUCGAAGAGCGCUUCACAUUGAUUACCAUCUAUGCCCCCUACCUGCUGGUACCCAUAAUGCUCCUCUUCACCAUGCUGUUCAGCCCGGUGUACAAUCCUGCCCCGCAGGCCAAGGAGAGCAAGAAGCUCCAGUAAGGACCAAGUAAUCUUUACCCGUUUUGGGUGUGAGAUCACAAAUAUAUGAUAAUGUUGCUAAUGGAACAUUCUGAUGAUGUAACAAUCACUACUGGUAAUUGAAGGCAAUGGAGUUCUAGAACACUGACUUACAAUAAUAAAAAUUAAAAAAGACAUUCCAGAAAAGCUGCUCUUCGAAGGGAUAAGAAGGCAUCUCUGAGCUAAGCUGCUAAGUCCCGCUCUAGAAGGGCACAGGGCUGAGGGCCUAUGAGGAUGUGUUUACACAUCCUGCACUGAAGCAGCCUAAGGGUUUAAUGUGGAGAAAUCAGUACCAGUCCUUCUCUCAUUAGGCCUGGCCCCAUGCUCAUAAAGCACCUCACAGUAGGACUGCUGAUCUGGGAUCAGUUUGACAUUUUAGCUCAUAAUGGGCGAGCCUAGGACAUGGAUAGGGGAAAUACGAUCUUAGAUCAGCAGUCCUCCUCAGAGAAAUUUCAUUUAAAAAGAAAGGGACCUUGGUUUUGGCACAGUCUCACAGGACCAGUAAGAGAUUGCUUAGACUUACAGGUACAACACAGUCAGGUCCACCUGUAGAAAUAGGACACCAGGCAUUGGUGUGUUUUCCAGGUUUUCUAAUAAAAUAAAAUGUGAAAUAUUUGUGUGAAA